UAGUUUAUGCAUGUUGACCACUUUAUUUGUAUGUUUUGUUUACCACGUGGUAUUGUUUUCCACUACUGUGUAUUUUUAGUUUAGGCAUGCGCACUGGCAAGUUAUGCAUAUUAGCUAGUCUGCGCAUGCGUAGUCAUUGUUCAUUUUGUAAACAUCCAUGAUUGUCCACGGUUUGUGAAAGAAGAUGUUUACAUGAAUUACGACCCCGUCCGUCCAAUUUUACGAUAUUCUGCGACUUCAACAAUUCACUAACGGGGCCUGGUGUGUGUUUUCAUAGGUAACGUUAUCUAUAUCUCGUUUUUUAGCGAAUUAUCAAGGCUUCAUGGUACUCCAGGAGUGAUUUUCGCGCGGUUCAAAAUGGCGCCAGUGACACUCCAGUCAUAACAUUGUUGCCCAUCGAUGUCAAAGUUAUUGUGUGCGAUGUACCAGAGACGUGGAUGUGAUUUAUUAUACAGCAGUUUGAACUUGUGUAUAUUUGCGUGUAAUGGGUGAAAAUAUCUGUGUCAACUUUUUCUAUUGUUUAUUUCAUAAUGUCAACAUUGAUAGUGGGCGAUUCGCAUGUGAAAAGACUCAAAACAUUUUUAGGUUAACGUCGUUCCGCUAAUUUUGUGUUUAAUAUAUAUGAACUCAAAGAGGUGAACUAUUUCGGUAUAAGUCGAGGACUUGUGAACAAUGGUCACCAUCUAUCCCUUAUUACAUCUGCAGUGCGAGGGUGUAGACCUAAGCACCUAAUUGUUUUCAUUGGAGGCAAUGAUUUGGACUCGAGUGAACUAGAUUUUAGUUUGAAAUGUAUUGUUUCUAAAUUGACUGCCUAUGUGACUCAACUUAAAAGGUGUUUCCAUUUAAAGUCUGUUACCGUGCUUUGUUUUCUCCCUAAAGAAGUGACUAGAACUAUAGGCUGUCUUAUUUAUAAUCAACGAGUCAAAAAAGCUAAUAGACUUCUUAAGCAAUUUUGCGCUUGUCACACAGUAACAUUUUAGAAGCUGAGAGGAUUCGCGGAAAGUCAGAAACCAGUUUUAUGCGACGGGGUUCAUCUUAAUGACUUGGGGUUCCAUAAACUGUUUAGACAGAUCAGAGGUGUCCUAUUAAUUCAGCUAAGACAGGAACCCAAGCCUAGUCCUUCUGUAAACAGCAAUGACGACAGGGGCUUCUAGCUUUCAAAGCAUCCAGAUGAAUCUGAAGAUAAGACUUUGCAUCACUUGUUAUAAUUUGUUUGGACACAGAUUUAGAUGGCAUCCACACCAAAACGCAGGAGGCGGAACAAGGCAGCCUCGAAUCCUCCCACAGAAACCCAACCUCAAAGCGGUCUUAUGUCUCAUGAGGACAUGGAAACGAUGAUAAGGACGUGUAUGGCCUCUAUCAUCCCAACCAUCGAAGAUACUUUUCGACGCUAUAUGGAUGAAUAUCACCAUGUUGAGAACAAUCCUUCAUCGUCAAUCCCCAUGCAGACUGCAACUUCACAACAGCAAUCAGCCGACACACAACAAGCCUCUUCACAAGCAGUAACACCUUACCAUUCCCUACUGCAAGAGAUAACUUCUCAAGGUAUGCAGUUGCUUAAUCAGAAUACUGAAGGGGAUUCACGCUCGGCAACUGGUUUAACAUUGGGUGUAGAUUCCAAAAUUAGGGCAAAAAUCCACGCCAAACAGUUCAUCAAAUGUGCUGUCCUGUUGCCAAAUGAUUUUGAUCAUGAAGAGACAAACAAGUAUGAAUCAGUUGAUAGAAAUGGUGAAAUAAUUCAAAGCCCGCUUUCCACAUAUGGACAUCGAGCCAACUCCAGUUCCUCCAGCAUUAGUGCGGAUUUGACUGAAACAGCCAAUUUUUUAGUCCGCAACUCUCUGUCUGAAUCAACAUUAUCAGCUUACAAAUCAGCUUAUUUAACCUACAACUUUUUUAUUGAACAAUCUUUUCAAUAUAACGCAUCCCCUCUACCACCCUAUGUUCAUCACCUGUCUACAUUUAUUGCACAUUGCUACCUGAAAGGAUUUGCCGCAUCCACUACUUCAACACUGGUUUCGUCACUUAGUUUUAUUUUACAACUUGGUAACUCCACAGAUAUUACACAACAUUUCAGCAUUCGUAAAAUGCUUCAGGGAUUCCGGAAAUCGAAACCAUCAUCUGACUCACGGCUACCUAUAACCCCAACAAUUCUGAAGAAAAUAAUUCAUGCUUUGGAGUUUAGUACCACAUCAGCUUUUACUAAAUCCCUCUUCCGGGCCAUGUUUACCUUAGCAUUAAGUACUUUUUUACGAGUAGGAGAGCUUACCAAAACAAAUGCUCCAACCCAGCAUUUCCUUCUUUUUGGAAAUAUCACGUUAGGAUCCGAUAGUCCAUGCAAUAGGUAUAUAGAUAUAAAUAUACCUCACUUUAAGCAUUCUAAAGCAAACACAACUACUCUACGCCUGCAGCAAAACACGACGGAUCCUUUAGUUUGCCCAUGCCAAGCACUUCUACAUUACCUAAAUCUUAGGAAACAUUCCUCACCAUCAGAGCCGUUAUUUUCCUUAAUGGAUGGUUCGCCCAUCUCGCGUCAAUACUUCACACAGCAACUGCGUUCGGCUUUAGCUUUUUGUAAUUUUGGACUUGCAUCUUUACAAAGCUAAUAGCUUCCGCAUUGGGGCUGCUACUACAGCUGCCUCUUAGAGGUUUUCGAAAUUACAAAUUCAGGGCAUGGGUAGAUGGAAGUCUGGUGCUUUUAAAAAGUACAUUAGAAUCCCAACACUUAAGUUUUGAUUGACAUUCGUUUGAGUUUUGACAGUUGCAUGUGACAGUGAAGACAGGGGGUUCACGAUCCUUUUUUCUAGCAACCAUUAGACAGGGGCUACUGGUUGUGUUUUGAAUAUCUUUGCCAUUAUCUUACUUUGAGUCAGGGGCACAAAGAGUCAAUUUGCUGGUACAUGUUUUGUCUUUUGUAACAAUAGUCUUUAUGUUGUAACCUUUUUAGUUUAUAGUUAAUAGCAACCAUUAGACAGGAGCUACUGGUUGUCUUUUUGACUUAUCUUACUUUUAGUCGGGGACUAAAACACUCAAAUUUGCUUGUACAUGUAUGCCUUUUCUAAAAAUAGUCGUUAUGUUGAAGGGUGUUCCAUUUUCCACAAAUUAGUUAUUUUGUUAUAACUUGGUACACUUUUUCUUAAUCAUGCACUGACAUUUCUGUUCAACUGCAAUGUGGUUUUUGGAUAUGGGGCGUUAACAAGAUUGUCUAUAUUCAUAUAUAUACGGGUAUAUAAACCUAUCGAUUAGUGAUAUAGCCUAUCUUGUUAAGGUGGCAGAUGAACACCCCAUAUCUUUACUUAUAUACCAGGUACUUUAUUAUCUAUUCCUGCCAAAGGUCUAAAACUUUUACUAGUCUCAAUCUCAGGAUACUUUGUGAUAUUUUCAAGGUUUUAUGUAUGAAUAUUGUUCUUCGAGUUUUAUGUCAUUUAUAGGAGGAAAUGCCUAUUUUCUACUUGUCACAUCACAUCACUUAUUCUUCAUUUCGUAUUAUCGUAUAUUGUGACUUUGACUAUGGCAUUAUGUUUCAUGCAACUGUUAUGCUAUGUAUUCUUCAAUAAAUGACCUGUUUUUUUUCUUUACGAAAGAGUUGAGUUUUGCUACGUAAUAUGAUAGAUGUGAUCAGGCAGGCAUAAAACAAAUUUAUGUCCAUAAAUAGUUUUUGCAUGUUGACCACUUUAUUUGUAUGUUUUGUUUACCACGUGGUAUUGAUUUCCACUACUGUGUAUUUUUAGUUUAGGCAUGCGCACUGGCAAGUUAUGCAUAUGAGCUAGUCUGCGCAUGAGUAGUAAUUGUUCAUUUUGUAAACAUCCAUGAUUGUCCACGGUUUGCCACCACCCUGCCCUCCACUUUUUUAUUGUACAUCAUUUGUAAGGCAGAUGAACACCCCAUAUCUUUACUUAUAUACCAGGUGCUUUAUUAUCUAUUCCUGCCAAAGGUCUAAACCUUUUACUAGUCUCAAUCUCAGGAUACUUUGUGAUAUUUUCAAGGUUUUAUGUAUUAAUAUUGUUCUUCGAGUUUUAUGUCAUUCAUUGUCAGGAUACUUUGUGAUAUUCUCAAGGUUUUAUGUAUGAAUAUUGUUCUUCGAGUUUUAUGUCAUUUAUUUAAGGAAAUGCCUAUUUUCUACUUGUCACAUCACAUCACUUAUUCUUCAUUUCGUAUUAUAUUAUAUUGUGACUUUGACUAUGGCAUUCUGUUUCAUGCAACUUUUAUGCUAUGUAUUCUUCAAUAGAUGACCUGUUUUAUUCUUUAUGAAAGAGUUGAGUUUUGCUACGUAAUAGUAUUGAUGUGAGCAGGCAGGCAUACACAAGCUUUACAAGCCAUAAAGCUUUUGAAUGAUUUUUUGUUCAAUUACAUUGUAGGUUUAUAUCUCACUCAACACGUUUUUCUUAACUCUCCCCAAUUUAUCUAUUAAAGGAAAAAUAUAUACUGUUACAAAAAUUUAGAUUCUCUUUAUUUUAUUUUUAACAUCAAUGUACAUUUUUUAAAUACGUCAAAAGUGUAGUUUAUUUAGACUAGUUAUGUUCAUCAAUUAGUUAUGCCUUUUAAAACUUUUCUAUCAAGCGUAAUUAUUUAAGUAAUUAAAAUCAGCAUUGUUGUUUUUGAAUAAGAGAUAAAUAUCACCUGGUCUAUUGUUGCGUUACAUACAAUAUUAUUUGCAUUCUAUUUCAUUUCCUUCUGCAGCAUUCAAAAACAAUAUAGUUUUAUUGAAAGUAUCAAUUACUGUUCAAAUUUCUAUUUUUCUUCAAUCGUCCAGGACCUAUGGACUGUAAAAUGAAAAUGUAUUAUAUGCUAUGAGACAUUGCUUUUGUGCCGACGGAAUGGCCUCAAAGAUAGUCCUGCCAAGUCACAAAUCAUACCAGAUUCCGAUGGUAAUGAUUUAUUAAAAGUGCAUCCCAAAAAAAAGUUUUAUAAUCAUUUUUGCAAAUGAUAAUUCAGUCUGGAAAAAGUCUGUCAAGGACAAUUUUGAUCAGAUGACUUGAGAAAAAUAUAAAUCAAUAUUUUUGUGUAAUUUGUUUGUUGUUGUUGUUUGUUAGUUUGGUGGAUUUUUUUUUUUUGUUUGGUUUUUGUUUUUGUUUUUUUGGAGGGGGGGGGGCAGGCAUUGCAUUCACUUGACACUAUUUAUUCAAGGAUCACUUCCAGUGUAACGUGUGAACAUUUAAGUGGCGUGCACUUUAGAGUAAAGUAUCUUUCCGGUAUUGUUUUAGUAGUGGAAUAUAACGUUUAUGAAUGAGUUUAACUGUAACUGUGUCGUUUUCUCCCUAGAAUUAAAAAAAAGUGGAGCAAUGUUAUUCUCAAUGACUAUUUUUAUUGAGAAAUUAUAAUGUUUCUAUAUAUAUGUUAUACACUCUACAUUGACAUUAUUCUUAUUUAUUUACUUAUAUAUAACACCUCGGACUCUUCGUUUUCAUAAACAUUUCUUUUUGGUUAGCUCAACACUUGACUGAAGCUACUCUGUGUUUGCCAUGUUAUAUGAGCUAAUGCAACAGUGUCCCAGUGUGCAACAGUUAAAUUUAUGUUCGAAAUAACAAUGUCCCACAGCGAAUUUUGUUGAUAUUUAUCGCCGUAAAUAUUGUUCUACAGUAAGGUCAAGCAUAUCUUUUACAACAUACGCAGUCGUAAAACACAGCAUUGAAAUCGUAUAGCUAUCAUCGGAAUCCCAUACCAUAGCAUACAAUCUCAUUCACAUUGCAG